UUUCUUACACUACACUAAUCGUCUCCAUGCUGGGCUGUACGUACGCGUCAAGAUGGCGCUAUGUUUAGAGGCCCCCCUCAGCAGCAAUGCAGACGACAGAAGCUGUUUACUCAGGCUUCUCUCGCCAAUGUCAGCCUCCAUCCCCUCUGUCCCGGCUGCUCUCGUGACGUUUUUUCUCUACCUCCUCUUUUUUUUUUCCUUCGCGAGGGAAAGGUAGAAACAGAGGUACAGAGCAAAGCCUGCAUCAGCGUGAGCGUUUGUUACCUGGCAGCACGGGCUAAUUGAGUUUCCCUUCGUCACUCUGAUUUGAUGCUGGUCCUUGUGGGUACAACAGAAUUUUAAAAAAAAAUUACCCCGGAGGUAAAUUGUAGAUGUCUCGAUUGAACUCAACGAUGGUACGUCACACAGGGAAAACUGCUGAUCACCGGAAUCCGGUGCCAGUGAGAAAGUCUCGUCUGCUGCUGUGAUGCCGCGACAGUGUGAAGCCGCCCAGGUAAAUAUGGGUCACGCCGUACCGCGUCCCGCACCUGGACAGGAUGACAGUCGCCGGUGAUUACGGACACAGGUGCGACGUAACAGAAGUACAAGCCACAGCAGACGACAGCUUCGACCCGGAGUUAACUCGCGAGACAUCAGAGUGUGGCUGCAGGGAAAGAGAGUGUCGAUAGAGAGGGUCUUCACUCCAUCCCGCAAGUACAGAUGGUCGGCUCGAGUUAAAUUUCGUGAUACCAUGCUGCCCGGCAAACCAUGCUGCGUCCACACUCUCUGAUGAGUUGUCGAUAUCUCACAGAUGGAGUAAUCAUUAUUCUACAGCAUCUAAGAGAACGUACGACAGCUGCACGCAGUUGCGAUGUUGCCCAGUGGUCAGUGAGGCAAGCUUUCUGUACCCGGGUUCUCCAACAAAGUCAUCGUUGUCUUAAGAUACUCUGUCGAUGCUGAGCCCAAUACAAGUGUCAAUGUCGACAAUAAGCGAGGACCAAAAUUACAACAACGAGCCUAUGGCGUACGAGUUCCCGGAUGGCCAUGCGGGGUCACGACCUUUCAGCAUGUCCGAAGCUUCUGACUUUGGAUCACCAUGGCGUCGAGGACAUCGCCAGGGCAUUCUUAUUUGUGUGACCUUCGCCAUCGAGUUUCUUCUUCUAAUCUUCGUUAUUAUUAUCGAAUACUUCCUCAGGUGGACUGAUGCCUUUCCAUUGCGACGUCAGAACUUCUCGUGCUCAGACCCCGAGAUCUCGUGCUCGUCUCAUGACCAGCAGCUGAUGGCCGACUUCGCGUUUGGCGCCAACGUGCCUGACAGUGUCAUCUACGUGCUGAGUUUUUGUGUACCCGGCUUUGUGGUGUUCAUAGGUGAGCUGGGCUUGUGCACGUUUUCUGAAGGCCAACAGAAGAGCGUGCGUCUGGUGAACAGGGACUGCAAGGUGCCGCAGGUCGGCCGCCGCCUGCUGCGCUUUCUGGGUGUUUUUCUGUUUGGAAUCUUCGCCUUAAUGUUGUUUGUUGACGUCACUAAACUCCUCAUCGGCCGGCUACGGCCGGAUUUUCUACACACGUGUCGCGUAAAUGUCGCCUUGUGUAACACCAGCCUUAGCUCCGGCCUGUCCCUGGAUGACAGCGCCUGCCUCAACACAGACACAACCGAGAUCCGCGCUGCCAGAACUUCUUUCCCAAGUCUCACAUCCGCCCUGACAUCAUACGCAGCCAUCUUUCUAUCGGUGUACGUUCACGGCGCGCUGCGCUGUCACGUUGUGCGCAUCCUGAGGGCCUUCCUCGUCCUGGUCUUCAUCAUGCUGUCCCUCCUGAGUGGGCUGGCGGAGGUGGGGCGUUGCCAUAGCCACUGGACUGACGUGGCCGUGGGCUUCGGUGUGGGCGUCGUCAUGUCUACGUACUUGACUGUGGCAGUUCUCAACCAGUUCCGGGAGCACGUCACACAGACGGAGAUGUUGCACAUGUUGCGGUUGUUCAUGGCAGAUCACUGCAUGCCAUUUUAUGAGGACAAAGCGCACCUGGCACGGCCUUCCGACCCUUUGACGUCCAUGCACAUACCCCGUCCACAUCUACCACCCGGCCACAUACCCGGCCACCUGCGUCGAUCCGAGUCACCAAAAUCACAGCGUCGCCGGAACCAAAGUACUUUCCAGAGAGACCUGUCUCAGAGUGUGGACUACUACCGGCGCCAUCAUCCUUACCUUCAGGGUGCCGCCGCCCACAUGUGACAUCUUGCUAUGUGACAUGUGACAUGUUGGGGCUGGCAGGACAGUCACCACUCACCCGUCGCUGCAGUAUUCACAGGGGAAGCCCGAAGAACGUUUCAAACGGGUGCAUAACAGCGGGAGAGCAAAGUCGCGUGACUCCCGACCUUCGUUGAUGUCCUGGAUCAUGAAAUCACGUGACUCGUCCAACCACGAGACGUUACAAGUUGGGCGGUGUCGACCAUGAGAAGUCACGCAUACGCAUAACAUACAGAAGAUCCUGGUAGCUUUAGAUACCAGGUAUGAGUCACUAGACUACACAGUCUAGUCACUAUAGGCCUCCAUAAAACGUUUGACAUACAUAAAAAUAAAAACUCUUCUAAGGAUUGAGAGUUCAGAUGAGCAGGAUCCACUUUUCUUGCAAUCUGUAAGUUGAGUUGUAAAAGCUGCCAAGUGUAUCACAGGUCGGGGAUGAGCUUAGCGAACUCUUGAGACCUGUCACCUGACACUUGCGUGACAAGUGGAUACCUGACUUGAACUCUAAUUUAUCUCAGUGACUCACUAUUGUACCAGAUAUGAGACAGCAUACAUGACACGGAUUUCAAGAUCAAAUUUGUCUCCUCUUUUUAUUCGCCCUCCUGCAGAGUGGUUCAUUUUCUAAAUCUUUUGCUGCGUGGCUGUAACAUGUUUGACAACAAUCUGCUUGUUUCCCCUAGACCCACCCAGCUAAAUAUGUAUAGCAACCCCGGUCUAUACAAUUCUUCGAUAUCUAUUAUUUAUUACACCCUGCUAUGACCUUUGACCUGCCGUAACAUUUAGCUCCAACCUGGCCGAUCUGACCCUUUGACCUGACGUGAGUGACGUCAGCACUGAUUUCUUUAAUUAAAUCGGUCUUGUCUGCACCAUGUUGUGUACUGUUGACUGACAUGUCUAUACAAAGUUGAACAUGCCUUGACAUGCUAUUUCUGUCCUCUUGUUUUUUCAAUCUCUACCUUUCCUGUCUUCAGUCUGUAGACCAUUACUCUUCGAAUCUCCACUACUCAUGCUUUCAACCUGAUUACUAUUCUCACUGCAGAUCUCAACCAUUUUAGAAGCUAUACAAUAUUUUUGAAUUUAUAUUCAUGGUCAUGGUUCUAUAUGCUAUUCCUACCAAGGGUUUAUGAGAUAUUCCUAUUUAAAAAUCUGUAGACCUAUAUUGUUCCUACCUUUGAUCUUUAUUUCUAUCUUGGAUGCAGACAGAGGAAGAUGACAGAAGAUGUGACCUACCUGUAAUAUUUACUCUAUGAAUAAGGAUACGACAUUAAACAUAAGUUAAAGACAAAUGAAAUGCUGUAAGGACGAUGUUUAAACUUGUAUACAAAACAAAAACUGAUUAAAGAAAUGAAAUGUUACAGGAGUGUCGCAGGCAGUGUAACUGAAACAAUACAAACAGCGUCUCAUAAGUGAGAUUUGAUUGUUGGAUGUUUCCAGGACUAACAGACAUCAAGUAGCAAACUAGGCACACAAAACUUUGCUUCCCACCCCCAGCAGAUGAGAACAGUGACAACCAAGAUCAUUCAUCAAACUGUUGCUAAAAUUGUUGACACCAACCGUACAGAUUCGGGAACGUGGUGAGCUACCUGUCUGGAAAAAGAACAUUUUCAGUUUUAUUUCAUUUGGAUAAUAACGAAUGUACCAUUUAGUGUUUGACAAGGCUUCCAGUGAAGCGGUUGAUGGGAAGGAACCUUCAACUCAACUAAAACUGUUUUCGUAAGUUUGUACAAGAAACACUUUUGAAUUAUUUUGCUGUAUAUUGGAUCAAAUAAAACUGUCUACCCGUUGGCGUUGGACUAGGAACAAUA